AUGGUUGGUAUUAUUUUUCAUCUCUCUCUCUCUAUCUAUCUAUCUAUCUAUCUAUCUAUCUAUCUAUCUGGCUGUCUGUCUGUCUAUCUAUCUAUCUAUCUAUCUAUCUAUCUAUUUCAGUUUUUAUUGCUGGUAAUAUUUUUUUAUCUAUCUAUCUAUCUAUUUCAGUAUAUAUUGAUUUGGUUUGGCUUGUUUUAUGACAUAUCAACCUCAAUGGUUGGUAUUAUUUUUCAUCUCUCUCUCUCUCUCUCUCUCUCUCUCUCUCUCUCUAUCUAUCUAUCUAUCUAUCUAUCUGGCUGUCUGUCUAUAUACCUAUCUAUCUAUCUAUCUAUCUAUAUAUUGAUUUGUUUGGUUUGUUUUAAAAAAUGUCAACUUCCUAUCUAUCUAUCUAUUUCUAUUUCAAAAUAUAUUGAUUUGGUUUUGUUUUAUUUAUCAACCCAAUGGGUUGGUAUUAUUUUUUUCAUAUCAAUUCAUCUCAUCUGGUGUUAUUUAAUCAUCAAUUCAAUCAUUUUAUCCCCAUUCAUCUAUAAUAUUUUUAUCUAUCUAUCUAUCUAUCUAUUGCUAUCUAUCUAUCUAUCUAUCUAUCUAUCUAUCUAUCUCAAUCUCAGUAUAUAUUGA